AUGUGGCGGACGGCCAACGAGAAGUCGGAAAUCAAGCAGCUCAGCGGAGGGGUGGGGGCGAGCUACGGGACGCCCAGCCUGCCACAGGCGUACACCUGGGGCGCCCUCUGGCGAACAUUUCCGAUCAAGAAGAACGAUGAUGCGGAGCAGGGCGGAAAUUUGGCCAAGGUGCUAAAGGUCUGGGAUCUGACGGCCUACGGUAUCGGUUCGACCGUGGGUGCUGGCAUCUUCGUCGUCACAGGCGUCGUUGCCCGAGACAAGGCGGGUCCUGCCAUCGUGUUGUCGUUCUUGUACGCCGCCUUUGCGUCGCUCAUGUCGGCCUUCUGCUACGCCGAGUUCGCCGCCCGCAUUCCCGUGUCGGGCUCGGCCUACACCUUUGCCUAUGUCACCGUCGGCGAGAUCCUCGGCUGGCUGAUUGGUUGGAACCUAACGUUAGAGUACGCCCUGAGCGCUUCGGCGGUGGCGCGAGGAUGGAGCGGCUACGUGUACGACUUCUUCAAGAUCGUGGGCGUGACGAUUCCGGACUGGCUCUCCGGCCACCCCCUGGUUUCAUACUUCUCCAUCAGCUUCCUGGCAGCGGGCAUCGUGGUGGCCAUGUCGCUGCUGCUCCUGUUUGGUGUGAAGAACUCGUCGCGCUUCAACCUCGCCAUCACCAUCCUCAACGUGGUCAUCAUCUUGUUCGUCAUCAUUCUGGGCGCCACGGAGGUGGACACGAACAACUGGGACCCGUUCUUCCCGUACGGCUUCGAGGGUUCGUUCCAGGGCGCCGGCACGGUCUUCUUCUCCUUCAUCGGAUUCGACAGUGUGACGACGCUGGCCGGCGAGGUGGCCAACCCGGGCCGCGAUCUGCCGAUCGGCAUCGGCGGCACCCUGGGCAUCGCCACCGCCCUCUACGUCGGCGUCUCCCUAUCAUCACCGAAUGUGAACGUGAACUCGCCCCUCUCGCGGGCCUUCCAGGACAAGGGAAUGACGUGGGCCGCCGGCAUCAUCGCCGCCGGCUCCGUCUCCACUCUCACCUCCACCACCUUCGCCUCGCUGCUCGGCCAGCCUCGCAUUUUCUACCAGAUGGCCGUCGAUGGUCUUCUGCCGCCCCUGUUCAAGAAGCUCAACAGCCGACAAGUGCCCGUCUACGGCACCCUCAUCACCGGACUUGUGGCCGGGACCAUCGCGUUCCUCUUCGACCUCAACGAUCUGGCAGACAUGAUCUCGAUCGGCACCCUCAUGGCCUUCACCAUCGUCUGCAGCAGCGUUCUCGUUCUCAGGUAUCGGAGCCCGGAGCACCCGGUGCGGAUCGCCGCGGUGGUGCUGGCCUUUGCGUGCGCCUGCCUGGCGUUCUCGUUCACGUGGCAGUUCACGACGCCCUGGUACGCCAAGGUGAUCACCGGCUCGCCGGUGCUGAUCAUCUUCGGCUACCUGCUGGGCCAGCAGACCACCAACCUGCCCACCACCUUCAGCUGCCCGCUGGUGCCGCUCAUCCCGUCGGUCGGCGUGCUGGUCAACAUCUACCUCAUCACCUCGCUGCCCAUCGAGGCCUUCUACCGGGUGCUCGUCUGGACCGCCAUCGGCCUCGCCAUCUACUUUGGCUACGGCAUCCGCAACUCGGCGCUCCGCUUCCAGCUGGCGGCCGCCAGCGCCGGCUUCAGCGAGCCGGACCACCAGGUCGUCGUGCCGGGCCACGUCGUCGGCGACAUCAAGACCAAGCGCUUCGAUGACGAUGACGGCGCCGUGUCGUCGACCACCACCGAGUACCGGUUCGGUACGGAGGGCUACUCGAUCAACAGCGAUGGCACCACCACGUCGGCACUCAUUGACGAUCACAGCAAGUUCAGCUGA